AUGAACUCGACAGGAGAGAUUAAAACAGAAAACAGGAAAGUUUGGACCGCGUUAGUCACUAAUCUUAGCUAUCUAACGGGUCUUUUGACGCUGGACUACUCCCUCAAGAAGUCGGGGUCAAAGUACCCCCUCGUAGCCUUGUUUACGGAUAGCCUACCUUUUGAAGGCCUCAAUAUUCUAAAGGCUAGGGGUAUACCUACGCGACAUAUAUCCUUCCUUCAGCCCACGGUACAUAAAGACUAUGGCAAUGAUGUUCGUUUUUACAACUGCUGGAGCAAGUUGGCGUCUUUCUCACUUGUUGAGUACGAUCGCGUUGUGCAAUUGGAUAGCGACAUGCUAGUACUCCAAAAUAUGGACGAAUUAAUGGAACUUGAACUAGAUGAUGCUGCCUUAAAAGGCCGGGGCCAAAGAGUGUUUGCUGCAUGUCAUGCUUGCACCUGUAACCCGUUAAAUAUACCACAUUAUCCGAGUGACUGGUACGUUGAUGGCCCUUUGGACUGGCUAUUUGCUUAUCUCAUUCCACCAGGCUCCCGAAGAACUGUGCUUAUAGCAGCCAGCAUAAUAACCCCGAUCAAGCACAAGUCCAAGGCCCUCUCACAGGGAGAAGGGGAUCAAUGCUAA